AUGCCUGGAGCGUUUGAAAUUGAGCUGCAACCAAGCCCAAAGCAACUGCGUGAUUUUAGUUGGAGUGUUAAGCUUGUGAGUGAUUGCGAUUCAGCGAUUGAGAACCUCAAGCCAAUACUUGUAUUAACUCUGCAUUUCGUUGAAGGCAUUACAAAGACAUUCGAACUUACACAAGAAGAAGUAUGUGAGCAUUUUUUGAUUUUACAAAAACUACAUAUUUUAUUAUUACAAACUUUUUCUAUUUUCAAGUCUGCAGCUAUUAUAGUACCAUCAUCAUUAUUACUGUACGGGUUUGUCGAAUAUGUUACAGGAAAUGAACUAUUCCAACAGAAUCAACUUAUGCCAUUAUUGAAUCAUGCAAUAAAACCUAGUUCUUUGGCUCGAUUAAGUCUUAAUUUGGCCAAAUAUCGUUUACUACCCCCGUUAGGUCAAAGCUGUGUAGAAUAUUCAGAACUUAAAUGCAAUGUAUUGGGGAUGGAGUUGAAAAACCCACUUGGAUUGGCUGCUGGCUUUGAUAAAAGCAAGUAUAUGUGCAUCUUAUUUUUGCAUUUUGAUGAUGUUAAUAGAUUAGAUUAUGGUGAGGCUAUAAAUGGUUUACGAAAAAGUGGUUUUGGUUUUAUUGAAAUAGGCACUGUCACACCACUACCCCAAAAAAAAGAUUCUAAAUCAAUUAAAUAUUCUUCUGAUUACGAAGUAGUAUUAAAUGAGGUUUGCUUAUGUUUUAAGGGAUAUAUUAGUCGUGGAAAUUUUGAAAGUGCAGGAUUGGGUAUGGUACAUUUGUUUGUGAAGAAAGCUUACGACCGAAAUGCUACUGUUCCACUUGGUGUCAACAUUGGUAGAAAUGAGGUAAACAGUUCCUUUAAAACAGAUUAUAGCCUGGGCGUGGAUUAUUUUGGUCCAUUUAGCAAUUAUCUGGUUAUAAAUUUUGGCUCUCCAAAUGACAUUAAAAAAAUUGCUGAUCUGCAAGAUGUUCUCAAAGUCAAUGUAGGAAGUUUACAAAGAAUCACGUUAGAUGGUAAGAUUGCGCCAAAGGUUCUAAUCAAAAUUUAUCCUGACUUAUCGGAAUCAGAAUUAAAAACAAUCAUCAAAAUAGCACUGGAUAAACGAUAUGGAAUCGAUGGCAUUAUCAUUUCAAAUUUCACUGCUUACUGUGGAGAUAAUAGUGGAGGUGCAAUAAAGGAAGAUGGCUUUGUAAGUGGUAAACCGCUCCGCGAUAUUAGUACAAAUUGUAUACGAAAUGUUUACAGAUGGUCUCAAGGUAAAAUACCAAUCAUUGGAUGUGGUGGAAUAUCAAAUGGCCUAGCUGCUUACGAAAAAAUUCGAGCAGGAGCAAGUCUUGUGCAAGUGUAUUCAUCACUUCUUCUUCAAGGAUUUCCAGUAAUAGGCCUUAUUAAACGGGAAUUGGUGGAAUGCCUUAUUCGUGAUGGCUUUAAUAAUGUUUCUGAAGCUGUUGGUGCUGAUCAUAGGAAGGAAUAA